AUAGCUGCUCACACAGAUAGAGUAAAUAGAAAAACAGUUAGUGUAACAGAAACUCUAGCUAUUAUGCAAUUGUGGUUGUUGAUUUCUAGUUGAUUGUGAGUUUGCAGUUUUGUGUAGAUAAAACAUUUCCUAAACCUUCUCCACCCAAACGGUGUUUGACCCAAGUCAGUGACCGCUAACCUGCGUAUAAAUGCAAUGCACACUAUAGACUAAACAAUUGAUAAAACUGUACCGUGAGGUUACCUAGCAUUCCCCUGUCAGAGAACACACUGAAGAUGUAUCAUUUAAUAAUCUUAAUCUUCAUAUGAUAUUUUCAAAUUUUUUUAAGAUUUUCUUUUUUUAAGAUUUAUAUAUUUUAACAAUUGCAUGCAAAUGUCAACCUUACCAUAAAACAUAAUACUGAUACCCAUUAUAUUCACUCAUUUUAUUUCAUAUUAUUAUUAUCAUCACCUCCUUGGUGUUGUUUUGACUCAAUUUGUGUACACACAAAAAUAAAAUUAAAUAUUUUUUUAUGUUCUUUGAAGAGCUGUCCUCUUUCUAUUUGAGUAGUAUUAUUUCUGGUUAUCUGGUUUGUGCAUUUUUUUUUCUUUCACAGAAUUCAUAAAAAGUAUGUUGUAAAAAAUUUUUGUCCUUCUUUGUCACAUGUAUAACAAAUGCAUCCAAUGAAGUCCUUGGCAACACAUAUUAAUUAUGAUAAAUCUUUGUUUUAUGUAUUUGAGGUAAAUUUACCAAAUAUAAUUAUGGAAAUGGUCUUUACUUAAUAUCCUAAUGAGUUUUGGUGUAAAGAUGUAUUAUUUUGACCCAUAUAAUGAACUGUUGGCUAUUUCUAGCAAUAUACCUGUGUGACUUAAAAAAUGUUAAUGGAUAAAGAAGUGUAUUGUUACCUCAUGAGCUGGCCAAAAUGAUCAAUGUCAAACAGUGUUGUUUUAUUCAUCUGAAAAAAAAAUUAAGACCUAAAUAUUCAAGAACUUCUUGACAGAUUUUGAGAAUUGCACUUAGGAACAUUUUUACUUUAUAUGAACAUUCUAAUUCUCAAAUUAUAAAGCUAUUGUUAUGAUGGGUGAGAAAACUGUAAUGCGAAAUGGAAGCGUAACUGCGUAACGUUGAUUUCACAACUGUCCCUUCAUGGAGGAGAUCAGUGCUGAAUCAUAGGUCAGAUCCCCGCCCGUGUUGCCUAAUAACGACAGCCACUGUGAUGGGAGGGAGACCAAGGAUAAAUUGAAAAUGAGCAUGUGAUGGUUCACUUUCGGUGCGGGACAAACAGGCAUGAUGUAUGUGUGGCUACUGACUGCUGUGGUGGUCUUCUCACCCCUCCAAACACACGGUCUGCCCCUUUACAUUCUCUCAUCUCCGAACCUGUUACGAGUGGGGUCCCCAGAGAAAAUAUUUGUGGAGGCGCAGGACUAUACUGGAGCGAGUCUGAAUGUUAAGAUAUCAUUGAUUAGUUCUCAAAGCGACAGACGUGAACUAACCAGCACAACAAUUUUCCUGACAGCUGCCAGAAACUACCAGGAGCUUGUGGGAAUAACGGUGCCUAGUAACGCGUACACCUUUCAGAAGGGACUUGAGCAGUAUGUUGUCCUUCAAGCUCAGUUUCCACAGAAGCUGCUGGAGAAGAAGGUCCUGUUGACCUUCCAGUCAGGACACAUAUUUUUACAGACGGAUAAAACCAUCUACACCCCAAACAGCAUGGUGUAUUACAGGGUUUUCUCACUCAGACCAGGAAUGGCGCAGGUUUUUGAAAGCGGAGUUCGCGUGGAGAUCUUGACACCUGACGGCAUCAGUCUUGAGAGUAAAUCUGUCAAUUCUAAUGGUGGGAUGACUUCAGGAACCUUCAGCCUCACUGAUCCAGCAAGUCAAGGGAUGUGGAGCCUUGUGGCCUGGCACCAGAACAACCCGCAGCUAAACUUCACCACCAAGUUUGAGGUCAAAGAGUAUGUCCUUCCCAGCUUUGAGGUUUCCCUGAAACCAAAGAAGGCCUACUUCUAUGUGAAAGAUGAAAGUCUGACAGUCGAUAUCGAAGCCAAGUAUUUGUUUGGGGAGAAAGUCAAUGGUUAUGGGUUUGUUGUGUUUGGCUUGAUAACCAACGAUAAAGGAAAGAUCAGUAUUCCAGGAUCCUUACAGAGAGUGACGAUUUGGGAUGGAAGUGGAAAAGCGGAGCUGAAGAGGAAACACAUCUUGGGGACCUUCCCAAAUAUAAAUCAGGUUGUCGGCCAGUCACUGUAUAUCGCCGUCAGUGUUUUAACCGAGACUGGCAGUGAAAUGGUAGAAGCGCAGAAAGGAGGCAUUCAGAUUGUGACAUCACCAUACACCAUCCACUUCAAGAGGACACCUCAGUUCUUCAAACCUGGGAUGCCUUUUGAUGUCUCGGUUUAUGUUACAAAUCCUGAUGAGACGCCUGCUGUGAAUGUGGAUAUAGAGGUUAACCCUGGAGGGGUCAGAAGUCAAACGAAAUCCAAUGGCAUUGCAAAGGUCACCAUCAAUACUCCUGGAAGAUCUUCCAGACUGGAUAUCACCAUAAAGACCAGAGAUCCACAGUUGCAAAGUGAUCAACAGGCAGUGAAGACGAUGACAGCUCAGGCAUACGUGUCAGGCACCUCCAAAAACUAUCUGCACAUCGGUAUUGAUGGCGCAGAGUUUCAGAUUGGUGACCAGAUGAAGGUCAAUCUGAACACGUUGAAAAGUUCUGGAGUUGGGGAUCAAGAUUACACAUACAUGAUCCUAAGUAAAGGGCAGAUUGUGACGUCGGGCAGGUUUAAGAGAAGAGGACAAUCUCUGGUGACUUUGUCUCUACCUGUAACCAAACACAUGGUGCCAUCCUUUCGCUUUGUGGCUUAUUAUCAUGUGGGUUCAAAUGAGGUGGUGUCUGAUUCAGUCUGGGUUGAUGUGAAAGACACUUGCUUGGGAUCGCUUAAAGUGGAAGUUCGUGAUGCGGUGAAUGUCUACGCACCCGGUGAAAGGUUCAGCCUGGUGUUAAAAGGAGACCCUGGAGCCAAGGUUGGGCUGGUGGCCGUGGAUAAAGGCGUCUAUGUCCUCAACAACAAGAAUAGACUCACUCAGUCAAAGAUCUGGGAUGUCGUCGAGAAACAUGACACCGGUUGCACAGCAGGAAGUGGAAAAGGGAGCAUGCAGGUUUUCAGUGACGCCGGCCUGCUGUUCGAGUCCAGCACCGCUGGAGGAACCAGCAUCCGAAAUUAUCCUGAAUGUCCUUCUCCAUCACUGCGAAAAAAACGAGAAGUAACAGUCGUACAGCACUCCAAUUCUUUACUGAAUAAGUACACUGGCCUUGAGAAGGAUUGUUGUAUUGAUGGAAUGAAGAUCCUUCAGGGUUAUACUUGCUCGUAUCGGUCGUCAUUCAUUGUGGAUGGAGAAGAAUGCCAACGCGCCUUCUUGCACUGCUGCGAGGAGAUGACCCGUGUAAUGACUGAGUCUGAACAGAAUUCUGACCUGACUCUAGCUCGCAGUGAAACAGAGAAUUUCAUGAAUUCUGAUAGCAUCGUGAGUCGAACCCUCUUCCCUGAAAGCUGGCUUUGGGAGGAAGUGACACUGCCUAACUGUCCAUCACUGAACCCUAACUGUCAAACAACAUCUGUUCCCAAAAAUGAUAUCCAAUUGAAAGACUCUAUCACCACGUGGGAAAUCACUGCCAUCAGCCUGUCCAAGACUCAAGGUAUUUGUGUGGCAGAUGUCCAUGAGAUGACAGUCAGAAAAGUAUUUUUCAUCGAUCUAAAGAUUCCUUACUCCGCUGUGCGCAAUGAGCAGAUUGAAAUCAAGGCCGUUAUUUACAACUUUUACAGUUCAUCAGUAAAGGUACGUGUGGAACUAAAGGAAACCAAGGAUGUCUGCAGCAUGGCCAGUAAUAAACGCAAGUACUACACCACAGUGACAGUGAAAGCCAAAUCGUCUUAUUCGGUACCUUUUGUCAUUGUGCCGCUCGCUUUGGGACGUCACAGCAUCGAGGUGAAGGCCGCCGCGUCAGGACGUGGGGGCGACGGCGUGAAAAAAGAUCUCCUGGUUGUGCCUGAAGGUGUUUCGACCAAACUAGGGGAAAAUCUACAAAUAAGCUCCAAGAGCGUUACCCCUAAUGUACAGGUGGUCAAGAGCCUUAUACUAAAGGACCAAGCACCAAACACUCCUGCCAACACGUAUAUCACUGCCACAGGAGAGUCGAUCAGUAUCACGAUUGAAAAAGCCAUCAGUGGUCAAUCCAUGGGAUCUCUGAUUUCCCAGCCUGGAGGUUGUGGAGAGCAGAACAUGAUUGGACUGACCAUGCCUGUCAUUGCCACACAUUACCUGGACCGAACCAGUCAGUGGCACACAGUGGGCGUUGGACUCAGACAAAAUGCUGUUACAUAUAUCACCAGAGGUUACAACCAACAGCUGGCGUACCGUAAAGGUGACGGAUCGUAUGGAGCAUGGAUAAACCGUCCAAGCAGCACCUGGCUGACGGCAUAUGUCGCGAAAGUGUUUGCAAUGUCCAGUAACAUCGUGAACAUAGACCGAAAUGUCAUCUGCAGCGCCCUUGGGUGGCUGAUUUUGAACAGGCAACGGCCUGACGGGUCUUACAGAGAAGACGCACCUGUAAUUCAUGGAGAAAUGACUGGAAACGUCAAGGGACAAAACUCUCUAGCAUCCAUGACGGCAUUCGUGCUUAUUGCUCUUCAGGAGGGGCGGGGAAUGUGUGGCGGUAUUCCUAGUUUCCACAACAGCAUUACUAAAGCCACUGCCUACCUGAGAGCUCAAUUACAUGCUCUGUCAAAUCCGUACGCUGUUGCCAUGGUGUCCUACGCUCUGGCCAAUGAAAAUGCACUUAAUAAACAAGUCCUGUUAAGCAAAGGCUCUGCAGAUGGAAGUAAUUGGCCUGUGGGUGGGAGCUUUUACUAUGGCCUGGAGGCCUCCGCGUAUGCGCUCCUUGCAUUUGUCAAAGCCAGAGAUUUCCAGAGAGCGGCUCCAAUUGUCAAAUGGCUCAAUAACCAAGCGCGUUCCGGUGGCGGAUAUGGCACCACUCAGGCCACCAUCAUGGUAUUCCAGGCUGUGGCCGAGUACAGGAUCCAGGUAAAAGACGUCAAGUCAAUGGACAUGGAGCUGACCAUCCGGGUGGAAGGCAUGCGGCCCGUUGUGUGGACUUUCAACAAAAACAAUGCUUAUCUUACGAGGACAGAGAAGAUCCCAUCUAACAGAGAGAUCACCAUCACUUCCACAGGUUAUGGAGAGGCCUCUGUUACCGUUAUGACUACGUACUAUGCCAAACCUAAAGAGAGAAGCACUGACUGCAAGAACUUUGAGCUCGAAUUGUUGUUUGAAAAGGAGGAUCGAGUCACUUAUCAUGGAGCGAGUGAAAGUUACAAACUCACCAUCAGCAGCAGAUAUCUGUCUACUGAUAGAGACGCCACCAUGUCUAUACUUGAUGUGUCCUUACUGACCGGCUUUGUUGUGGAUGAGGCCGAUCUAAAAGCGCUGUCGACAGGACACGGCAGACUGAUUCAGAAGUUUGAGAUGAAUACGCAGCUUUCAGAUCGAGGAUCUCUCAUUCUCUACCUGGACAAGAUUCCUCAUCAAUCGAAAAACAAAGUGACCUUCAGACUGCACAGGGUUAUGGAUGCAGGUUUUCUUCAGCCAGCUGCAGUCACUGUAUAUGAAUAUUACUCUAUAGAAAAUCGCUGUAUGAAAUUUUACCAUCCGACCAGAAAGGAAGGAGCUCUUAAAAAAAUCUGCAAUAAGGAAGUCUGUGAGUGUGCCGAAGAAAACUGCAGUAUUCAAAGAAAAGAAAAAAUCGAUGAAGCUCUGCGAAAUAAAAAAGCCUGCGAACCGACAAUAGAUUAUGUUUUUAAAGCUGUUCUUCUUAAUGAAGACGACGACCUCUCAUUUGUUUCUUACACCAUGCGGAUUGAGAUGUCCCUCAAGAAAGGGCCAGAGAAAGACGUUGUGGGGAAGAACCGUAUUUUUACUUCACAAAUCUCCUGCGAAAAAGCUCUGGGUCUAAAGAAGGGCACCAGCUAUCUGAUCAUGGGCCAGACUAAAGAUGUACAACUGGAUGGUCGAAAUGGUCAGUACGCUCUGGGUGAAAGGACAUGGGUGGAGCAUUGGCCAACAAAGGCCGAAAGUGAGUCCAGCCCUCAGCUCAAAGCCAAAUAUAAUGGCAUGUUGAGUCUCCAGCACGACCUCCGCUAUGGAUGUUAAUAUAAAUGCGUUCACCGCCGAUCGCUGCUUUGUGCUUUGAAUCAUCAACAUACAGGACCGAACUUGCAUGUUAAAUUUGAGCUAAAUAUAGACAGUUAAGUAUUGUUGUUUCAGCUAUAAAGGAUUUGUGGAAGACAACUGUACGGCUGGUCAAUGCUUUCUGCUUAUUUCUUCUGUUGUAUUAUCAGCGCAAAUGUUAAAAUACAAACCUUUAUCCACGUGUAAGCAAACUGAUGAAAUAAAGAUGGUCUAGCAUGAACAGUUUUACUGCCAAGUCUUGCUUGCACACAAAAUGAAUUUUCCAAACCCAGAACAACCAAAAGAAAUAAUAAAAGAUAAGAAAUAACUGGCUACCAAGCUAACAGAGAAAAGUUCUAAAAAUGUUCUUUAAAAGUAAAUAUAGAAAACAGUUGUUUUAAGCAAUGUGUGAAUAUUAAAACUUGUCAUUAUCAUAUUG